UUGUGAUACCCAGAAACCUUAUCCGACUGUUGACUUCUUCCACAUCAUGAAAUCUAAGAGAAAACACCAUGUUUUUGGUUUUGCUAGAAUUAAGAUUAAGUUUGUUAUCUGUAAAGCAGUCGGCCACAAUCUCAGUGAAUGCAUUUCUACAUGAGAGUGGUGAGGUCUAAUCCAGGAUUAACUUUAUUAUCUACUAAGUAAAACACAAUGGCAGAACUAGAUUACCAAAUGGCUUUACUACUACAAUACAAGUUUGAGCAGGAGCACAAACACAAAGAAAACACAGACUCUGACCUGCAGUUAGCUUUAGAACUACAAGAACAAUUUAAGCAAGAAGAGGAAGUCCAAAGACCCAAAAACAAUUUAGUGUAUAAGAACACAAAAGCAAAUGAUUCUAAAUGUUUGGUAGAUCCUUCAUGGGAAGUAAUCGACCCAACCCCUGAUGUCCAUGUGCUUUUUAUUACAUUUAAUAAAAGGUUUUUUUGGGACAAAUUGGGUUCAGUCACAGUUUCUUGGAGUAAAAGAAUGACUUCAUGUGCUGGAAUAUGCAGCUAUCAAGGAAGAGGUGGUAUGUGCUCUAUCACUCUAAGUGAGCCACUCUUAAAACUUAGACCCAGAAAAGAUUUGGUUGAAACUCUUCUACAUGAAAUGAUACAUGCUUAUCUGUUUGUCACACAUAAUAAUAGAGACAGAGAUGGACAUGGGCCAGAGUUUCAUAAGCAUAUGUAUAGGAUAAAUGGUGAAGCUGGUACAAACAUCUCGGUGUACCAUGAUUUUCACGAUGAAGUCCGCCUCUACCAACAACACUGGUGGCGAUGUGAUGGUCCUUGUCAACAUCAGAAGCCCUAUUUUGGUACUGUAAGACGCGCUUCUAAUAGAGCACCAGGACCAAACGACAGAUGGUGGGAGGAACAUAAAAGAAAUUGUGGAGGAAAUUUCAUAAAAGUGAAAAGUCCAGAGACAACAAGCAAAUCAAACAAGUCUAAAAAACCUGACAAACCUAAGGAUCCACCCUCAAAAAUGGAUAUAAGAAACUUUAUACCUGCAAAACCUAAAUCGUCAGAAAAGUCAUCACCUAAUUUUAUCAAUAAAGUUCAUACUAUUACAAGCAACAGCGGUAACCAACAGGUAUCCAAUGUAAUACCAACAAAAACUGCAAAUAUAUUUGGUUUUACCAAUUUGGGGACUGAAACAAGUUUAAAAAAGCCACACGGGAGCAACUCAGGGAUUAAAGGAGCAGUUAAAAAUUCUGGAAGCAGCACUUUCGUAGUCACUAGUAAAAAAACUAAGAACAGCACUAAAACUAAUGAUAAAUCAGAAAACUCUGGCAAAAUAACCAAGGCACCACCAGUCAAAAUAGAGGCAUUUAAUGGUUCUGGACAAACUUUAGGUACCAUCAGUACCUCUCUCCCUAAUAGAAACGAUUACUCUAUUGUAAGGGAUCAUUGGCUGAAAAAGUAUGAAGGCAAUGGUCAGCAAUCUGGUUCUGGAGUUAAACGCCCUUUCGGUAGUUCUACCUCUCUUAACAAUGUUUCGAAAAUCCCAAAAACUAAUAUAGUAGGCACAAGCACUACACCCAAAAAAGGGUCAGAAAAUCUAGUUGAAUGCCCAGUAUGCCAAAAGCUCAUUAGAAAUGACAAUUUAAACUCACACUUGGACACUUGUUUGGAUAACCCACUAUUGAACAACAAAGAGUGCCUUCUUUGUGGCGUUAGUGUGGCAAGUGAGAAUUUUGACGAGCACUUUAGGGACUGCAGUGCCAAAAGCUUUGAAGAUGAUGAUGAUGUUAUUUUAAUAAAUUCUCCUAAAAAAGUUCCUGAAACAAAGAGUUGUCCUUCCUGUAAAAUAAAAUUAAAUGAAACUAACUAUGCGUCACAUAUUGAAAGUUGUUUAGAGAAAAUGUUUACUGAAUUUAAUAAGAAAUAUGGCUCAGAUUCCAAUGAGACUUCCUGUCUAGUUUGUAAUAAAAAAAUUCAUAAAUCUCAGGUGGACUCGCACUUAGAUGAAUGUAACGGCAUGAGCAACAUAUUUGAUACAACUAAUGUUUUUAUUGAAGAUAACAUAGAUGAACCAUGGAAUGACAAGGACAAUCAUGAUAUUAGCUAUAAUUGCCCCUUUUGUUUGCAGUUAGUGGAGGAAAGUGCGAUGGAAGAUCAUUUGGGGAAAUGUUUAAGGUGCGAGGAAAAGGAAAAGAAGGAAUGGGUUAAUUCACUUUGUGAGGUUGAUUCGGAUUUUGAAGAUUGUUAAUUCCCUACAUUUUUAAAAUAUCUUAAAUGUUUAAUAAAUAAUUUAAAAUAGCCGGAUCGUAAAAAUGUAGGUGAUUCGCAAUAAGUUAUGAAAAUUUUUCCUAGUGAGAUGAAAUCAUGGUAUUAAGUUCCUGUUUGUGCGAUAAGAGUAAUUGAUUGUAAUUUGAGCAUAAAGGCAGCAUUUGUUAAACAUACUAUCAAUAUUUCGAAAUUGUGAUAAUAACUGUUUCUGUUGUAAUUAUUAAGUGUUUACAUGUGUGGUUAUAGUCAGUAAGAUUAAAAUAAAAAUAUUUUUGAUAUAGA